UUGUUAUCUCUAUCACAAAUAAUUUGUAUAUUAGAGUCCUAUCUUUUAUUAUUGCCUUAAUAUAUAAGUUUUAACUAAUUUAUUUUUUGGUUUCAUUGCAAAGGUGACAAGAGCAUAAGGACUCAUGUUUUUGUGAAAAUCUUGUCUCCUUGAUUGAGUUAAGUCAUUCUGAAUUAAUAUUUUAUUGCAUGUCUUUUUCAUGUUUUUUAAAAUGUUUUACUACUUACUGUCUAAGGUUAGGGUGAAGGUUGGAGCCUUUAAAAAUUCAGAAUUACAUUAGAUAUGAUAAAAAUUGAUUGCAUCCUAAAAUUGAAGUAUAACUUAAUUAAUCUUGGUUAAAAUAAAAAAACAAAUACCAAGUAAGAAAUUAUUUUAAUGCUACACCUAGGGGCACUAUAUUUUUCAGUCUGUUUGUUUUUGUUUAUUUGUCCAUUUGUGUUUCUGUCCCGCUUCAGGUUAAAUAUUUUGGUCAAGGUAGUAAGGUAGUUUUUGAUGAAGUUGAAGUCCAAGGAGCUUUAUAGUUUUUAUGCCAAAUUAGAGUUUUGACUUCAAUUUAAUGAUCCACUGAACAUAGGAAAUGAUAGUGAUAGUGGAGCAUACCUGUACUAUAGACAUAUUCUUUUUUUUUCGAAAUUUUAGAUAUCUAGAUGUUAACAUAAAAGCAUCUGCCUUCUACAAACAGUACAACCAGCACAUACCUGCAUUUCUCCAUAAUCGACCAAAGGAGAUGGACAAGGGAAACAUCAAAGUAAGACACCAGUUGGUCUGCACCACAAACAACAUCAUUAAUGGAAAAUAUGUCCCUGGACGACAUGAAAAGAACAAAUUAAUACCAUACGACUUUGUCAUUGGAGCCUACCACCAGAGAGGAGGUCAUUGGGAUUUGCUGAUUGUUGAACCAUCAAAGGGAAAGGUUGUUUUUCUCAACCCUUUGGGAGCCUCACCAAAUCAAAAGAGAACAGUUCUUUUGAAUUGGAGAAAAUACAUAGGACAGAUGCUUCUUCUUCAUCCAGAGAAUGGGUACAAAAACUGGACACUGGAAGUACCUGACCAUUCCAAACAACUAGAUGGAUCCAGUUGUGGCAUCUUCUGUCUUUUGUUUGCAGAGAAAUAUCUGGCUGGACAAUCUCUGCUUGGUAUAACUCAGGAAGAAGUAAAUAAUAAAAGGGUAAUGAUAGCCCAAACACUGAUGAUGUUUGAAGGACACAUGGUGGGAUGCUGUCCAUGCUGUGGAUUUCGAACAAAUGCUGAUGAAGAACAAUUGAUUCAAUGCAAAAUAUGCAAGAAUUUGUUCCACAGAAAAACCCAUUGUGUUGGUGAGGCUUUUGCAACUGGCACCAGCAAUGAAGACUUUGUUUGUGAAAUAGACAGAACAGUUGAAAAAAAAUGAGCUAUUUUGUAAAUAAUAAUCAAUUUUGAAAUAUUUAUACAUUAGGGAUAGUCAACCAUGUAAAAUGAGUUUUGUUUUACUGAGAUCAAGUGUUGUACAGUUAUAUUUCUGUGUAGAACAUACUGCCAGAUUACUGAAGUUAGUAUUAUGCCUGUACUAACCUCUGUAACCUGUUUAUACAUAAGGGGUAGUCAACCAUUUAAUAUGAGUUUUCUUUUACU